UCAGAGGCCAUAGGUAAAGCUGUUACUGCACACCCCAGAUCUCUUCCAGGCUUCCCCACUCUUCCCUUUCCCCAGCUUCCCCGCCCAGCCCUGCUGGGCCCGCGUUCCCGCCUCACCCGGAGCCCAGUCACAGCUCGCGGUGCCGCUGCUUCUGUGCGCGUGACGUGAAACCCGCGCUUGCUGAGUGCAAGAGCUAGGGUUGGGCAUUUGUCCAAGGUCACAGUUAAUCAGUAGCAAACGUGUUAAAUCUCCACUCUCGGACCGCGGACCUAAUUGAGCGAAGUGCUUGCACAGCGUGGGUGAGCCUCUGUUGUGCCUAGCUAGCACCCAGAGGAAAACAACAAAACCCCGCCCUCACAAACAAAGCAGAUGUCUCCGAAGGAGAAGGGGCUGAAUUCACAGCCACAGCGAAGGCUCCCGAGAGGGAGAGACUAGAUGAGGGGAGAAGCUGACCGCACUGCCGAGGCUGGCGCAUUGGAGAGGCCAAAGAAGACCAGACAGACUUUGACCAAGUGCUGACAUGGAGCAGGUGUCAUCAACAAGCAAAACGGUGCACAUUAGUGUGACAAACGGAUAUGAUUUGAAAGGCUUUAAAGGAGACACCCCAGUUACUUUUGUUCGUGCAGAAUUCAAUCAGACAGUUCUCGGAGACUCUCCAAAAAUCACUGUCUCUCCAGAAGGAACUGCAAAGUACAACUUUACUAGCAGCUUUGAGCUCAAUCCGGAUGGAGGGAUUACAUUGGAUGACCUCGCCCACAAACCGUUAUUCUUAACUGUGACGGAGGUCUUACCAAAGGAAAAGAAACAGAAGGAAGAGAAGACCUUAACUCUGGGCCAAGCUGUGGUGGACCUUCUUCCUUUACUAGAAGGAGAGGAAUCAUUUGAAACAGUGGUCCCAUUACACCCUGUGCAGGGGUCACCCUUAGAAACUCCUUCACCAGUCUCUAAGCAAUGCAGUCUUGAUGUGAAGGUGUUUGUGGCAGAGCCCUUACUGACCCCAGCCCAGGUCUCAGCGAGCAAUCUGCUGAAGGUCACCCUGGAGGCUGCCUAUUCUGUGCCUGAGUCAUUCAUGCCAGUAGGGCCUCAGCAGAACUACAUGGUUGGUCUGCAAGUUCCAUCAGUGGGAGAGAAAGACUACCCCAUGGUAUUCAAGAAUGGAAAUCUGAAGCUUGGAGGUGAAAAAGAACCUGUUCCCCGGCCUAAAAAAUGGCCUAUUCCUAACAUUCUUGCUCCAGGAGCUAAUAACAUUCCUGAUGCAUUCAUUGUGGGUGGUCCCUAUGAGGAAGAAGAAGGAGAACUCAACCACCCAGAGGACAGGGACUUUAGGAACCAAGCAGAGAGCAUCAAAAAAAGGAUCGUCUGGGAUUUGGAGAGCCGCUGCUACCUUGAUCCUUCUGCAGUUGCAAGUUUCCAGAAGCGAGUUGCUGAUUGCAGGCUCUGGCCUGUGGAGAUCACAAGAGUGCCUUUGGUCGCUGUACCAAAAGGGAAAGCAGGCAAACUUGAGAAGACCGAAGACGAAAAUCAGCUUUCGUUUCAUGGUGUGGCAUACGUCAACAUGGUCCCACUCUUAUAUCCAGGGGUGAAGAGGAUAAGAGGGGCUUUUCACGUUUACCCCUACUUGGACAGUACAGUCUUUGAAAAGACCAAAUGCUUGUUCAGUAUAUUCAGGGACACUGGACACCAUCUGGCUCACAAUAAUAAAGCAGGAGGUCUUAACUCCCCACUGUCCAAACCUGUUUCCAAGAAUUUGAAAGAAGAGAAACAACCAGUGAAAGACAAGGAGGCAGAUGGACGGGCUCGGCCUGGGGAUUUGCAAGCACCUAGCAUAAAAUCCCAGAGCUCAGAUACUCCUUUGGAAGGCGAAGCCACUCUGAGCCACAAUCUUGAAGGACAGCAAUAUUUAGAAGCUGGGACAUACAUUGUCUUGGAGAUCCAGCUGGACAAAGCCUUGGUUCCAAAGCGGAUGCCAGAGGAUCUGGCCAGAAGGGUCAAGGAAAUGAUACCUCCAAGGCCACCUCUCACCCGGCGGACAGGAGGCGCUCAGAAGGCUGUGAGUGACUACCACACACAGAUCAAGAGCAUUUCCAGAGCCAUUCUGGAAGAGUACCACCGGAUGUUUGGAAAGCAAGUGACCAAGGCAGGAAAUGAUGUGGACAGUGAGACCUUGGAGGAGCAGAAGUGCCAGCUCAAUUAUGAGCUCAAUUGCUCCGGAAAGUACUUUGCUUUUAAAGAACAGCUCAAGCAUGCGGUGGUAAAGAUUGUGAGAGAGAAAUACUUGAAGACAACAGCAUUUGAAAGUCAAGAGGAACUGCAGACGUUUAUCAGUGAGCUUUAUGUGUUCUUGGUAGAUCAAAUGCAUGUGGCUCUAAACCAGUCCAUGCCUGAUGAGACCCAAGGCACUGCCUCAACGAUUCACAACAGCAGCGAACAACUUCGACUCUUCGCAUUUGAGGCAGAAGUCAAUGAGAACUACGAAAUGGCAGCAGUAUAUUAUGAAGAGAGGUUGGUCCGUGAGCCCCAGAACUUGGAUCACUGGCUGGAUUAUGGUGCCUUCUGCCUCCUCACGAAAGACAUCACUAAAGCACAGGAGUGUUUCAGGAAAGCUCUUUCCCUGAAUGAGAAUCACAUUCACAGCUUGUUGCUGUGUGGUGUCCUGGCUAUCUUGUUGGAGAACUAUGAGCAAGCAGAAAUUUUCUUUGAGGAUGCUACAUGCUUGGAACCUACCAAUGUUGUUGCGUGGACUUUACUCGGAUUGUUCUAUGAAAUUCAGAAUAAUGAUAUUCGAAUGGAAAUGGCAUUUCAUGAGGCCUCCAAACAGCUUCAGGCACGAGCCCUCCAAACAAAGCUAAAGAGCGCUGGCACCAUAGAGAAUGUGGACGAUGGAGUGAAAAUAGAGCAGAGUUUUGGCCCUUGGGGAACCAUACAUGACUCUGCCUCAGCCCUCAAAUCAGAAGGCCUGACAGGGGCCAAACCCAGGAGCUUCCACCAGCUGAGUCCUCAUCCCAACGCCAGGAUGCACCCCCAGUCCCAAGGACCAAGCACUGUGUUGUCCAGUCUGGAUGAGUUUAUUGAAGAAACGUCUAAGCCACACUCUGAGUCACAAGAACCAAUAAUGACUUUACAACCUUUGGAGCCUCCUCUUACCCAGAAAUCAUCCAACUUGCUAUUAAAAGAGGAAACUUCGAAAAAAGAAACAUCAAAAGGUCUAGAUUCAUCAGCCUUUUUGCAUUCUUCCCCUUAUGCUACUUCCCAAGCCCCUGCCACAAUCUUCAUGGAGACCAUUCGCUUCUUGAUGAAGGUCAAUGCGGUGCAGUUUGUACACAGAGUACUGGCACAUGAGCUGCUGUGCCCUCAAGGAGGACCCAGCUGUGAAUAUUAUUUGGUUCUGGCCCAGACACACCUUCUCAAGAAGGACUUUGCCAAGACAGAGGAGUACCUUCAACAAGCGGCCCAGAUGGACUAUCUGAACCCUAAUGUCUGGGGUGUGAAGGGCCAUCUCUAUUUCCUGAGUGGAAAUCACGCUGAGGCCAAGGCAUGCUAUGAACGAACCGUUAGUUUUGUAGUUGAUGCUUCCGAGAUGCACUUCAUCUUCCUACGACUGGGACAAAUCUACCUGGAAGAGAAGGAGUAUGAAAAGGCAAAGACAACCUACAUGCAAGUCUGUAAGAGAUCACCUUCAUGCCUGACAUGGCUAGGACUAGGAAUUGCCUGUUACCGGCUGGAGGAGCUCACUGAGGCUGAGGAUGCUCUCUCUGAAGCAAAUGCACUGAAUAACUACAAUGCUGAAGUGUGGGCCUAUUUGGCUCUGGUCUGCCUGAAGGUUGGACGACAACUGGAAGCCGAGCAGGCCUACAAGUAUACACUAAAGCUGAAACUGAAAAACGAGGCUCUGCUUGCAGAAAUCAACAGUGUGCAGGAAAUGGUUGGCUUUGGAGAUCCGUCUUUCUGACGUUCGGACAAGUGGAUAUUCAGUAUGGGACCUCCAAGCAUCUCAUCUUUCCUUUCCAAAUCGUCACCAGAUGAAACCUGAACUCCCCUCUCCCCAUUAGUUGUUAACUAUAAUUCAGAUCACAAUUUGAAAAAAAAAAAAAAAAAAAAAACCCUCACAAUUUAUCAGCAAGUUUCUAGAGUCUUAUGUAGCAAUUAUAUUUUAUAUGAUCUUACAUAAUUACAUAACUAAUAGACAUUUGUGAGUAGCUAUAUGCAUAAUGGUGUAACUAUUAGAAUUUCUGAUGAAAGCUUCUCGUCAAUUGCCAAGGUUCUUGACCAGCUUCAGUUACUGGGGCUUGGAAGUUAAGGUACCAUCUUCAAAGGCGGGCUUAGAAUACUGCCAUGCUGUGCCACUGGGUAAGAGAGCAGAGGACAUUCUGGGGGCUAGCCUUUUGGGAGAGUGGAUAGGGAGGUCUUUGCUUAAGAUAGACGUACUAAUUUCUUUAAAUCAAUUGGUAUCUUCAUAGAUCUAAAUCAGGAGAGCAGCUUUUACACACCAUUGUGAUUUGAGAUGCAAAAUUCGCUAGUGAAGCUGCAAUUCUAGGUCUUGUAAGGACAAAGAAAUCAUACCCUAACUUCUUGGAACCUGUAGUAAAGGCGGAAAUAAAAGCCCGCUCCCCUUAUUUUUUAAUGGAGCGAUUUCUUCUGUGAGGAUAAGAGAACAUGAGGGAAAGUGAGUCAUAUUAAUAAACAGACGACAAAUGAGUUACUUUUAAUCCUGCUCCUCGCUCAGUCUUACACGAAGUCUUCCUGAGGAAUGGGCAGACAGCUUCGUCCCCUGCUGUGUGCGACCCCGCCUGCCCACC